AUGGGGAACUCCAUAUGGGUGAUUGCCGGCAGCACUUGCGUUGUCUCCAGACUGCUCCCCUCUCUUCCCACAUCGGCCCAAAGGGGUGCCACCUACGUUGUCUGCAUGCCCAGACAAGGCUUUAUCAGGCCCAAACCGUUCAAGCCUAUGCUUCGAAUUGUACUCAACCUCCCCGGUCAGUUCACUUUGUCCAAGCGGUCGAGCGAGCUCUGGCCUGCUCAGGAGAGACUUAUCCAAUGCCAUUUGCACUUGAAGCCCAAGGGUCUUUGCGUGCGAGUGAGCCAACCAACCCAUGUCCACACCAAUGGACGAGUCCAACCAACCAUAAUACGUACAGGUACGGGGUACAUGCUGGGGGGCACCUUAUGCUCAGCCAGUCUCUCACCUCUUAUGAUUGUGUCUCUCUCUGCCUUCCCUGUCUCCCUCCAGGGUGGGCCACAGCCCCCAAUGUACAUGGUUAUCUCCUUCUCUCAUUCCUUCCUACAGCAACACCCGGACUCUCACUCCAUGCUCGUCCCUCUUGGACUCUGGGUUAUGGCCGUGACCGUUUCCACUCCGCUCGCUGCCGCCCUAAACCUCGAUCCGUGGCCCUCGGAGCUCUUCCCGCACUUCAUCGCACUCUCACGCGAAGCCUGA